CGCAUAUUUUUAUUUGUAUACUAUAUAAGUCCAUACUUUGUUGAUUCACACUUCACAUAAGGAUUUAGAUAUUGUGCUACUAUAAAAACAAAUUCAAAUAGAAAUUUAAAAACUGAUCAACAUACUUUACAAAAUCACACUUCUCCUUAUACCACCUACUAUGCGUUUAUUUUCUUUUUUAUUAUAUUAUAAAGCUCUUAGCUUUCUCGUAGCAUUAGCUUCAUCAUGUUCACCAGAAAUAAAUGACGGGAAUCUUAUUGCAAUAAGUUUAUCAAUCUCUAACAUUUGGCGAUUCAAUAUAAAUAAUAUAAUCCCAAAUGUGGGUGCAAAUGUUAUAACGUGGAAUUCUGAUGUCCAACCAGAUGAUAAUGAAAUUUUCAUGUUGAAACAAUCAACAACUGGUGUUUACGAGUUUCGGCCAUUUAAUGAUUUUUCUCGAACUAAAAUUAUUGAAGGCACCAAUAUUGUUGGUGAUCCUUUAAAACUUAAUAUUGGCACUAACGGAGAUAACCAAAAAUUCUUUAUUGAAUGUGAUAAAUGUAAUCUCGACACCAAUUCAGAGAAAUGGGUAAAAUACCACAGUUCAUGCCAGAUAAAGGUAAAGAAUCAGUUCUUUAAUAAAUUAAUAAUUUAAUAGUAAUAAUUAAUGCUGUGUUAUCCUUAAAAUAGAAUUCAGCAACUAAACUUUGUGCGAGCGGUAAAGAUAAUGUUGGCAAUGUGACUCAAAUAAAUUGUGC